GGUCGACGCUGCCAGUGUGACGUAUAAUCUAGUGGACGGGACGCUCCUUCAACAACAACAGACACCUCGGUAACUUUAUAGCAAACAGAGCUACAACAUUCACUCUCUUUACACUGUUUUGGUGUAUAUUAGUCGCUGUGUAUUAAACACACUUCUGUCGUAUGUACGUAUUGGCCUAUUUAAUUAUAUAAAUAUGUUGUUUGUCAGCUAGCUGGUUUGCUAAAUUAGCUUAGAACUAGGCUAGUUGCUAAUGCUAGCUAGCGAACAUCUCCGACCAUGAGUUCACUAAGCUGCUCUCCUCCUGCUAAAGAAGAGGAGGUCUUCUGGACGGAGAAAGAAGUUCUCCUGAAAGAGGAGGAGGAAGAGAAGGAUGUUACAAUACAAAAACAAGUAGAGGGUGAGGCUGUUACCGUGAAAGACGAAGAGAAAGACGUUUCUGUGGAAGAAAAUGAAGACUCGUUCAGAGUGAAAGAGGAGGAGGAUGUUACAGUAAAAGAAGAGGAAGCUGAGAGAGAGGAGGAUGCAGUUUUCGGAGUGAAAGAGGGGGAGGGGGAGAUGACUGUCACAUCGAAAAAGAAGGAGGAGGACGAAGAGGAGGAAACUGGAUAUCUGGGCCCGGUUUCCCCAACGCAUCUUAACGCAUCCUAUGGUUCUGACGGUGAACUCAGCCGUAAGAUGGUUUUGAGAAACCGGGCCGUGAUUAACACUAGAGAGAGACGUGACUAUCGUGGAUCCUCUGGGGAGCCUCAACAACAUCAUGAAGCUGACGAGGCAGAGAAGAGUCCCUCCAGAUCAGAACACCUCAAGAAACACCAGUGGAGACCAACAGGGAAGAAAUCUCACUGCUGCUCUGACUGUGGGAAGAGUUACUUAAGAUCAAAUUCACUAAAAGUACACAUGAGAAUUCACACAGGAGAGAAACCUCAUAGCUGUGAUCAAUGUGGAAAGAGUUUUACUACAUCUUGCCAUCGGAUUGUACACCAGAGAACACACACAGGAGAGAAACCUUACAGCUGUUAUCAAUGUGGGAAGAGUUUCACUCAGUCAAGCAGCCUGUUAUCUCACCAGAGAACACACACAGGAGACAAAUCUUAUAGCUGUGAUCAAUGUGGGAAGAGUUUUACUCAGUCAAGCAGCCUGUUAUCUCACCAGAGAACACACACAGGAGAGAAACCUUAUAGCUGUGAACAAUGUGGGAAGAAUUUUACUACAUCUAGCCAUCUGAUUAUACACCAGAGAACACACACAGGAGAGAAACCUUAUAGCUGUGAACAAUGUGGGAAGAAUUUUACGACAUCUAGUCAUCUGAUUAUACACCAGAGAACACACACAGGAGAGAAACCUCAUAGCUGUGAACAAUGUGGGAAGAAUUAUACUACAUCUAGCCAUCUGAUUAUACACAAGAGAACACACACAGGAGAGAAACCUCAUAGCUGUGGUCAAUGUGGCAAGAGAUACUCUGAUAAAAGAUCUCUGAUCAAACAUCAGAAAAUACAUUAAUGAUGGAGUUGUUUCAUGAUAUCAAUGAAUUAAUGUCACAAUGUAGAAUGUUUUAACAUUGUAGUAGGAGUAUUUUAAUGAUGUCACAAUGUAGAAUGUUUUAACAUUGUAGGAGUAUUUUAAUGAUGUCACAAUGUAGAAUGUUUAAACAUUGUAGAAGGAGUAUUUUAAUGAUGUCACAAUGUAGAAUGUUUUAACAUUGUAGAAGGAGUAUUUUAAUAAUGUCACAAUGUAGAAUGUUUUAACAUUGUAGUAGGAGUAUUUUAAUGAUGUCACAAUGUAGAAUGUUUUAACAUUGUAGAAGGAGUAUUUUAAUGAUGUCACAAUGUAGAAUGUUUUAACAUUGUAGAAGGAGUAUUUUAAUGAUGUCACAAUGUAGAAUGUUUUAACAUUGUAGAAGGAGUAUUUUAAUGAUGUCACAAUGUAGAAUGUUUUAACAUUGUAGGAGUAUUUUAAUGAUGUCACAAUGUAGAAUGUUUUAACAUUGUAGGAGUAUUUUAAUGAUGUCACAAUGUAGAAUGUUUAAACAUUGUAGAAGGAGUAUUUUAAUAAUGUCACAAUGUAGAAUGUUUUAACAUUGUAGUAGGAGUAUUUUAAUGAUGUCACAAUGUAGAAUGUUUAAACAUUGUUGUAGGAGUAUUUUAAUGAUGUCACAAUGUAGAAUGUUUAAACAUUGUAGAAGGAGUAUUUUAAUGAUGUCACAAUGUAGAAUGUUUUAACAUUGUUGUAGGAGUAUUUUAAUGAUGUCACAAUGUAGAAUGUUUAAACAUUGUAGAAGGAGUAUUUUAAUGAUGUCACAAUGUAGAAUGUUUUAACAUUGUUGUAGGAGUAUUUUAAUGAUGUCACAAUGUAGAAUGUUUUAACAUUGUAGAAGGAGUAUUUUAAUGAUGUCACAAUGUAGAAUGUUUUAACAUUGUAGUAGGAGUAUUUUAAUGAUGUCACAAUGUAGAAUGUUUUAACAUUGUAGAAGGAGUAUUUUAAUGAUGUCACAAUGUAGAAUGUUUUAACAUUGUUGUAGGAGUAUUUUAAUAAUGUCACAAUGUAGAAUGUUUUAACAUUGUAGUAGGAGUAUUUUAAUGAUGUCACAAUGUAGAAUGUUUUAACAUUGUAGAAGGAGUAUUUUAAUGAUGUCACAAUGUAGAAUGUUUUAACAUUGUAGAAGGAGUAUUUUAAUGAUGUCACAAUGUAGAAUGUUUUAACAUUGUAGAAGGAGUAUUUUAAUGAUGUCACAAUGUAGAAUGUUUUAACAUUGUAGAAGGAGUAUUUUAAUGAUGUCACAAUGUAGAAUGUUUAAACAUUGUAGAAGGAGUAUUUUAAUAAUGUCACAAUGUAGAAUGUUUUAACAUUGUAGUAGGAGUAUUUUAAUAAUGUCACAAUGUAGAAUGUUUUAACAUUGUAGAAGGAGUAUUUUAAUAAUGUCACAAUGUAGAAUGUUUUAACAUUGUAGAAGGAGUAUUUUAAUAAUGUCACAAUGUAGAAUGUUUUAACAUUGUAGAAGGAGUAUUUUAAUAAUGUCACAAUGUAGAAUGUUUAAACAUUGUAGAAGGAGUAUUUUAAUGAUGUCACAAUGUAGAAUGUUUUAACAUUGUAGUAGGAGUAUUUUAAUGAUGUCACAAUGUAGAAUGUUUUAACAUUGUAGUAGGAGUAUUUUAAUGAUGUCACAAUGUAGAAUGUUUAAACAUUGUAGAAGGAGUAUUUUAAUAAUGUCACAAUGUAGAACACUAAACGUUUGCCCCCUGUUCAAUUGAUUUCUGCAUGAUAUGGAUAUUAGCCUCAGGGGGAAAAUCCAGGCUCUGAAUUGAAAGAGUGAUAUUUAUAUGAUAUAACAGAAAGUGAAUAACACAAAAAGAGUUGUGUUACACUUACAGCAUUGGUGACCCACUUGAAUCAAAAUGUAGCCAGAUGUUUUCUACAAGUUGUCCUCUAACCAGUGAUGUACACAUUAUUCCCAGAUUCCAUGUGGUUUUUGAGCUGUUAGUUUUAACAGGACAACCUCAUCUCCAGACUCUCACGCAAAUGAUUUCAACAUGAUAUCGAUGAGUGAUGAAAAAUAAGUGUUGCGUUCCUUUGUUUAACCACCUCUAAAUUUAAAUGCAUCUCUCCAAAAUGUAGCUGACUGUCUUCUGCAGGUUGUCCUCUAACCAGGGAGGUAAAAUAUAUCUCCCAUUUCCAUGUGUUUUUUUAGUUGUGUUAGUUUCAACAGCACCUACAACCUGAUUUCCCCCUAAUUAAUAUCAGUGAUUUAUUGAUACUUGUCAAAACAACAGUGUUUCUGGUGCUCGUGCAUUUUAAAAGGUGCUUGUUUAAAAAAAUACAAGUAAUCUGAUUAUUGUUGCAGAUGUUUGUGCAGAUAGUACAUUUUAUGUUUAGGUUUUCAAUAUCACAAAUGGUUUCUGCAUAUUGGUUAUUGAUUUGGACACAUUAAAGCUGUGAUUUGACAUUGGGCUGAACAACCAAGCUAAAUGUCAUUGAAAAGAUGUUGAAAAGAAGACUAUACCCAACGUCCAAUAUACGUUUGGUUUUAGUUGAAGGUUUUAAAUAUUUAUUUUCAGGUUGUUGUUAAUAAUGACUUGAAAACAACUUAAUUUCAAAGUUUGUGCAGUUUAGACAUAUUGACUGUUGUUGAAAAUAUUGAAUCAACUAUUUCACUAAAACCAGAACCUGUGAAUUAAACUAGACUUUAUUACAAACAGUAACAAAGCUGAACAAUU